AUGGAUGCACAAAAUAAGAAUAUAACAUGCGCUACAGAUGCUGAAAUUGACUCUGUAUUUGAUAGAUUAUCAGUCAAUGUUGCAUUAAUGAAUCAAUUUGUUGAUGUUAAUGAUAACUCAGCAAAUCCAAUUAAAACUUUGAUUAAAACAUAGUACAUGACUAGUAAUUCAAUGCUUUCAAGCAACUAAAUAAUCAAGAUAAGUUAGAAUUACGUCAUUUUAAGUGAUAGCUAAUUUUCAAGUUAGCUCGAUCAAUAAAAUCUCACCUACUAUAGUACACGCUUAGAUGCUUUUUUUACAGCAUCAUAGCUUAACAGUGAAGCAAAUAUGAGUUUAUAUCUGGCACUUGAUGAGAAUGUUUUUACUUCUACCAGAGUUGUAUAUACAGUUGCAGAUGCUCUUUCAACUACAGGAGGAUUCCUAGGAAUAAUCUCAAUAAUUCUAAACUACCUUUUAUGCUGGCUUUAAGACAUUAUCUUUUAUCAAUAAAUUAUUUAUGAUAUGUUCUAUGUUGAAAAGUAAAAUGAUAUGCCCAGAGUAUUAAUUGAAAAUAGUCAAUACAACUUGAAACUCAAUCCAAGCAUAGGAUUAAGGGAAAAUUAAGAUUCCAGCAAUAGAAAUCAGCUUAAGAUCAAAGAUAAUUGCGAUCAAUAUUAGACUAUUCUAAAUUCUAUUAAGCAAAGAGUUAAAUUCAAGUUCACAUUAGGAGAUUUAAUUAGAGCUUUAUGCUUAUGUAUAAGAACUGCUAGUUCUAAGAAAAUUCAGCUUAGGAGGAAACUAUUUCAGAUUGCUAGGUAAAAGAUUGAUAAACGAUUUGAAAUAGAAAGAAUAUUUGAGACUAUGAAGACUACUAGAUUACUAAAUAAAAUUAUUCUAUCAAAGUAUUAAAGAAUGCUAACUCCGUAUUUCAGAUCAAGUUUAGUAAGAAUUAAAGUCGAUUUGAGUGACAUUAAAAAUGCAGACUAAAAGUAGAAUCAUUUGCAAUAAAAAGAAGAGGUAUCUGAUUGGCAAUCUAUGUCUAAAUUACAAAGGAGACAGUUGAAAUUUAAGGUUAAUCAAGAAUAUUGA